AUGCAUUAUUUUGUGAGCGUGUGUAGAGCUCUCGAUUGUAGUUUAAAUGGUUCCGAUCCAGUUAAUGUUGCAUAUACACUCACGGUUGAUAAGUCAGGGAAUGGAAACUUCACCACUAUUCAAGAGGCCAUCGAUUCAAUUCCUUUAAGCAAUUCCCAGUGGGUUCGCAUUAGUGUUGCCUCUGGAACAUAUACGGAAAAAGUGACUAUACAAUACAACAAAACAUGCAUUUACCUGGAAGGAGCUGGUAGCCAAUUUACGAGUAUAGAAUGGAAUGACCAUGAACAAACAGAUACUAGUGCCACCUUCACUUCGUUUUCUGAUAACUUUGUUGCCAAAGGCAUUACCUUCAAGAAUACUUAUGUACAAGACGUAUUCAACUAUAAACCAGCACUUGCAGCUAGAAUAUACGGGGAUAAAUCAGCGUUCUAUCACUGUUCUUUCGUUGGCCUGCAAGACACAUUGUGGGAUGCAACUGGUCGCCAUUAUUACAAUAAUUGCUACUUUGAAGGUGUAGUGGACUUCAUUUUUGGUUAUGCCCGCUCCAUUUUCCAGGGAUGUCUAAUAAAUGUGACGGUAGGAAUAUACGCCCCAAUAAAAUCUCCAGGGUCAAUAACAGCACAGGGGAGGAAGUCAAAGGAGGAAAACAAUGGUUUCGUGUUUAAAGACUGUGUAAUAGAAGGAACUGGUAAAGCCUACAUUGGGAGAGCUUAUGGAGCUUAUUCAACGGUCAUUGUAUAUAAUUCACAGCUCUCCGAUGUAAUCGAUCCUCGAGGAUGGUCUUCUUGGUUAUUCCCUGGCCAAGAGGAAAACUUUUUGUACGUAGAAGCUAGUAAUAGAGGAGCAGAGGCUGACACUUCGAAGCGUGUUCCUUGGUUGAAAACUUUGAACGAUGAUCAGCUUAAUCAAUUUGUAGAUAUUUCCUACAUUGAUAAUGAAGGCUGGAUUUCCAAACUACCUAAACUCUUUUAUGUUUGUAAAGGACUAGAUUGUACGUUAAAUGGUGGACAAGUAGCAAAAAUCAUAAACGUAGACAAAUCAGGCCAAGCAGAAUUUGCAACUAUUCAAAGUGCCAUCGAUUCCGUUCCUCCAAACAAUAAUCAGUGGAUUAAAAUCCAAAUUUCCCAUGGAGUAUUUCGGGAAAAAGUGAAUAUUCCAGGAGAUAAAUCAUGCAUAUAUCUGAAUGGAGGUGGUAGUAAAUUUACAUUUAUAGAAUGGAAUGAUCAUGAACUGACAGGUCAAAGCGCCACCUUUACUUCUAAUGGUGAAAACAUCGUAGCAAGAGGCAUUACCUUCGUGAACACGUAUAACAGCCCUUUGAAUAAAGGUGAAGAACAACACAAUCUCACCCAAGCUGUGGCAGCUUUCAUAAAUGGGGAUAAAACCGCUUUCUAUCACUGCGCCUUUGCAGGGGUUCAAGAUACUUUGUACGAUCAAAGCGGCCGUCAUUACUUCAGAGAAUGCUAUAUCCAAGGUGCUGUGGAUUUCAUAUUUGGCAACGGCCAGUCUAUCUAUGAGGGAUGCACGUUAAACUAUUCAACAGGAGUAUAUGGUCCACCGAACUCUUUAGGAUACAUAACAGCACAGGGAAGGGAAUCAGAGAGUGAGACAAGUGGUUUUGUGUUUAAAAGUUGUACGGUCACCGGCACCAGAGGGAAAACGUAUCUUGGGAGAGCCUAUAGAGCUUAUUCAAGAGUCAUUUUCGCCAAUUCAGUGUUAACGGAUGUGGUACAACCUUUGGGAUGGGAUGCUUGGUUCCAUGUUGGGCAUGAAGAACAAUUGACAUUUGCAGAGGCAAAUUGUAUUGGAGCAGGGGCAGAUAUUUCUCAACGUGUGCCUUGGAUAAAGACAUUAAAUCAAAACGAGGUCGAUAGUUUUACAAGUUUAACAUAUAUCGACGGAGAUGGAUGGAUGGCCAAAUUGCCUCCUCUUAAUUAA